AUGUUUGUCUUCUAAAUUAUUGUGUUCGUUUGAUUCGGUGAUCACUGGAUAUAGGUUCUCUUGUUAGACCAAAAGUUGUCAAAAGUGUUCAUUUCUGCCCCACAACUAGGAGUUUUACCAGCCGUGAAUACCGUGACAUUACAUCCAACAUAGGCUUGCCCACUGGAUCUGUGUAUCCCACAAGGGAUGAAAAUGGCAACUUGUUGAUUACCGAGUAUGGCUUGUGUGGAUAUAAAGAUCAUCAAACCUUAUCAAUGCAAGAAAUGCCUGAGAAUUCAGCGCCUGGUCAGCUUCCACGAACAGUGGAUGUCAUAGUUGAAGAUGACUUAGCUGACUGUUGCAAGCCAGGUGAUCGUGUUGCUAUUGUAGGAAUGUAUAAAGCUCUUCCAGGAAAAACCAAGGGCAGCUUGAACGGAGUGUUCAGUGAUAUCAACAUGAUGAUGGUUGGUGAUCCUUCUGUUGCCAAGUCUCAACUGUUUCUCUACCAUGGAAAUCGACGAUCCUCCUACUGAACCUGUACUUGAUCUGUCUGCACAAAGAAUAGAAGCAUUCAAUUCUUUAUUUGGUCAGCACAUGCGUGCAAACCACUUGGAUGUUAAUCUUUUGCAGACAUUGAGAAUAUCGUUAAUGCUGCAGCAGAUACUCGCUACAGCUGAAAUAAUGUUGCUCUUGCAGAGACUGCAAGAUGAUAACAGGGCAAUGAUAGCUGAUGGCGUGGUGCAUAUGACAUCUUAAUUCAUGAGGACUAUUUUAAGCAGGAACUUAACAUAGGACUCGAAUGAAAAAUGGGAUUACAUGGCGCUUGUAGAGCCGCGGGAAGGAGAUCCGUGCCUCGGCAAUGGCCUUUCUUUCCCUUCCCAACGCCAUCACUUCUUCCUUCUUCCAAUCGAAUUCUCAACGUCUCCAUUUUUGUCCUCUCUGCAAAUCCUUUCUCGCCGUUUCCUCCUCCAAGAAAUUCGCCUCCAUCUCCAUUCUCAACUCCUACAAGAUGGAAGGAAAUGAAAUUACGGAAGAAGUUGCAGAGAAACAAAGCGAGGACAAUUUAAAUGUGAAGAAAAAGAUUUUUGUGGCUGGUGCAUCCGGUAGUACUGGAAAAAGGAUUGUGGAGCAGUUGCUGGCAAGGGGCUUUGCAGUCAAGGCCGGGGUUCGAGACGUAAGUAAGGCUAAAACUACUCUUUCCCCAGGCAAUCCAGAUCUUCAAAUUGUAAAAGCGGAUGUGACUGAAGGCUCUGCAAAGUUGGCAGAAGCCAUAGGUUCCGAUUCUGAAGCUGUAAUUUGUGCUACGGGGUUUCGCCGAGGAUGGGACUUAUUUGCGCCAUGGAAGGUUGACAAUUUUGGCACUGUAAACCUUGUUCAAGCAUGCCGUGAGUUGGGCAUAAACAGGUUUAUUCUGAUCAGUUCCAUUUUAGUCAAUGGAGCUGCAAUGGGACAGAUUCUCAACCCAGCUUAUAUCUUUUUAAAUGUUUUGGGACUCACCUUGAUUGCAAAGCUUCAGGCGGAGCAGCACAUCAGGAAAUCGGGUAUUAACUACACAAUAAUAAGGCCUGGAGGUUUGAAAAAUGAGCCUCCUACCGGAAAUUUAGUCAUGGCAGCAGAAGAUACUCUUUAUGAAGGAAGCAUAUCAAGAGAUUUAGUUGCAGAAGUAGCUGUUGAGGCAUUGGUUCAUUCCCAAGCCUCUUACAAGGUUGUUGAAAUAGUCUCUCGAGCCGAUGCGCCAAAGCGUUCGUAUGAGGAUCUCUUUGGCUCCAUAAAGCAGAGGUAGUCGUCUUCAGAUGCCAUCUUAUCCUCGGAAUUGAAGCGCUUGAUAUCUUGCUUCCCGGUGGCAGUGCCUCAUUUUCCAAGCCCCCUUGGAAUAUUCAUGCUAUAUUUCACUGCAUUAUAAUAUAUUGUGUCUGUUAAUACAUUCAUUUGCUAACGUUGAUGUGUAGCUUACUUGCUUUGAAUGAGAACAUAAAGAAAAAAAUUUAAGAACAGACAAAGGAAGAAGAAACGCCCUCCAGAUUACAAAAUUCUGAUUUUUCAGCAGUAGCCACAAUCUUUUUGUUUCCUGA